AUGUAUCCAGACAUCGAUGAAUCCAUCCACUAUCCAUGGCAAGAAGAACAACAAAUUAUUCCGGAGGAAUUCUCCACGUCCGUGAUCGAUCCUCGUUUAUACCAAGGCUUGGCUUCACAGAACGAAGAGCUUGCCGUUGACCAGGUUCAGCCAGAUGAUGAGGAUCCAACGGCCCAUCUGGAAUCCAAUGGUUUCCUCACAGAUGAAGAUUCAGACUUUGAAUAUAACGAAGAGGAUGCAAGUGACUCGAAUGAGUCCGAUGAGUACCCAACAGAGGAUGACUCUGAAGACUCGGGCGCCGCACGGCGACGUCGUCGUCGUGGCGGAGGGCGCUUCUCAGGCCGGUAUGGUGCUCGUGGUGGCAAAGGCAUUAAGAGAGGCCCGCGAAAGCCAAUGGAACCAAGCCCGGAAUUCAAGAUUCUUCAUUCAGAUGCCACCUCUGCCUUCAUUGAUGGUGAUUAUGGACGCGCCAUCGAACUUGUGAUGCGCGCCAUUCAAAUCAACCCCGAAAUGUUCCCAGCUCACUCGCUUCUUUCUGAAAUUUUCCUGGCCCAAGGCGAGAAGGACAAAGCUUUGGCUGCCCUAUGGAAUGGUGCUCACACUAGACCUAAAGACACCAAAGUAUGGCUUCAGGUAGCCAGACUUAUUCUCGGUCGCGCCGGUAUCGAUCGAGAAAAUGCACUCCCGGAUGUUGUUUACUGCUACAGCCGUAUCAUUGAAAUCGAUCACAAGAACUUCAAUAUUCGGUUCCAAAGAGCAGCUGUAUACCGAGAACUUGGAUACACGGGUAGGGCAGCCGGAGAGUACGAGAGAAUCUUGAAAGAAAAGCCCCACAGCGUUAGAGCGCUUCGACACUUGGCUGAAAUAUACAUCGAUCUCAAUGACGUUGAGCGGGCGCUUGAAAUUUGGUCCGAGAGUAUAGCUUACUAUCGGGACCAUCCUGACAAGGUCCGAGGCUUCUCAUGGUCUGAUGUCAAUAUCUAUGCCGAGCUCUUCGGCUAUGUUAAUAAACACGCAGAAGGUCUUGCAGAGACGAAGACCCUCUCGAGAUGGUUUUUGGGUCGCAAAAAUGAUGACCCUAUGUGGGAGAAGUUUGAAGACGAUGACCGGGAAUGGGACUCCGAACAUUCCCCCGUCGAAUCAAGACUAGUGGCUUUAAUCCCGACCAGUGGCCUUUAG